AUGGCGCACGGGCACGGCCACUGCAGCUGCUGCUGUGGGGGGGCGGCAGCGGGGUCCGGCGGGGACCAGGAGCGGGGGGCGGCCUGGGGGCUUUACCUGCGUAUCGACCGGCAGCGGCUGCAGUGCCUCAAUGAGCGCCGCGAAGGUAGCGGUGCGCUCGUCUUCCGCGCCUGGGAGGAGCGCAAAGACCGCACCCAGUUCGUGGAAAGCGACGAUGACGAGGAACUGCUGUUUAAUAUCCCGUUCACGGGCAACGUGAAAUUAAAAGGAGUAAUUGUGGUGGGAGAGGAUGAUGAGACACACCCGGCAGAGAUGAGGCUGUUCAAAAACAUUCCUCACAUGUCCUUUGAUGACACAGGCAGAGAACCAGACCAGAUGUUCAGCCUGAACCGGGAUCCAACGGGGGAGCUGGAGUAUCCCACCAAGAUUGCCAGGUUCUCCAAUGUUUACCACCUCUCCAUCCACUUUUCAAAGAACUUUGGAGCAGAAACAACAAAGAUUUUUUACAUAGGCCUGAAGGGAGAGUGGACAGAGGCUCACCGCCACGAAGUCACCAUCUGCAAUUACGAGGCCUCAGCAAACCCUGCUGAUCACAAGUUGGAACAGAUCACCCCCCAGACUCACUUCAUCUCCUAAGAGUGCGGCAGGGCAGCUCCCGGGGGCAGUGGAGUCCAAGUGCACAGACACGAGGGGCUGACUCAGGCAGAAAUGGCUUCCUGAAGCUGCAGCACUGCCUCAGCUUGACGGAUGGGUCCUUGCCUUGGAAGGCAGAGCGCCGCCUGGGCCGCGCCCGCAGAAGGUGGCCGCUGAGGGCCGGGUGCUGCGGCAGGCAGCAGUGCCCCUGUGAGGGCAGAGGCGGGCGGGGGCAGCGCUCUGCUCCCCUCCGCUCCGCUCCGCUGAGCGCCAAUAAAGCACAGGCUGCGGCGCCGAGCUGCGGCCGUGGCCUGCUCACCGCA